AAGAUGAUACAAGAAACAUUUGUCGCUUGAUUUCAUCGAUAAGUAUUUCGAUGGUCUAUGACUGAACUCCACCUCAAAUACUCGCCGCAGAGAGGCCACGGGACGCUAUCAUUAACUCCGUUCCAACUCCCACUUAGUACCCAUGAUGGGGUCACCUUUCAACUUCGACAUCUUAUCCUUAACACCAUGGGGGUUUUAUCUGUAGCAAGAACCCAGGCUAAAUUUAUGUCUUUUCUUUUUACCAUCCCUAUCAUCUUUUCCUUUACAAUUGGACCAACAAAAGAACGGAAAACAAGCGCAAAAGGUGACGGAGCCCAUGUUACUGAGAAAACAAAGCCAUCCCAGUCUAAACCGUCAGGUGAAUCGCUAGGUUUGAAAACUCCAACGGUGAUAGUGCACCACGGUAGUAGCCAUGAAUGCACAGAACAGAAUACAGGACUGAUUGUAGCCUGUCCAUCCGAUCUCACCGCUGCUGCCAUAGCCGGAAUAGUUAUUGGAUCUAUUAUCGCUUCCCUCAUUCUUGCAUUUGUUUUUUGGAAGCUUUUUUCCUUUUAUCGAAAACGUCGUGAGCGGAAACGUGCCGCUCGUGCAAACCCAUCAACGUACCAACAACUAGAAGGGCACGUUCAUCCAGAAGGCAUGCAGGAUUCAGGGUAUGCUGCUUCUAUAUCAGAUUCCGGUACAUUGGUUGGACACGAUGAGAAGAUGUCUGUAUCGGACUCUGUUAAAGGGUAUUCGAAUGUCUGAAGUAUCUGAAGCGUUUGAUUCAUAGUGACUGUAUCUGUAUAGUAUGAACUCUUUCGACACCACCUUGUUCAAUUGUGAGGAUGCGACCAAACACGAGCUAAUUCUGUAGGCCACCUGUGUGCGGCGCUGC